AUGCAGCUGGUAGCCUGCUUAGCGGUGCUGGUGCUCUGGGUGGCAGAGGCUGUAGAGAAUUGUCCCGAUGUCUGUAAAUGCACCAAGCAAACCAGCCCUGAAAGGUCAGAGGUCAACUGCCAUAAGAAGGGGAUGAGGAAGUUCCCCUCCAAACUGCCUCCGGAUUCCUGGAUUCUUAAAAUGGGUGAGUCCACUGUUUGCAAUUGUGGGAAAACCACCUUCCCACAAGCCUUGUUAAAAAUAGGCUAAAGGAUUGAAACUGAAUCUCUCAUUGAAAUGUGAUCAAUAUGCCCCUGAUGGGGUUUUGCCAAUAACCUGAAACUAAAUAUAAACUUUUAAAAGUAUGUGCCAGCUAUUUGUCUCGGAAUCGAUAGGCUCUUUUAUUGACAUAACCACAAGAAAGAGGCUGGUCUUACCAUUUUCUGUUGUGAUUUCUUUCUCAUACUAUUUCUGUGGUCGAUGUCCCAGGCGAGAACAGAAUGGUAGACCUCCCACCAAACGUUCUGAAACCUAUCCCCAAGAUCGAAAGCAUCAACUUGGAACGCAACGUCAUCAAAUCAAUACACCCCCAGGCCUUUUCCGGAGCCCGGAGGCUGAUGCUGCUCAACCUGUAUGGGAAUCAGAUCAACAAACUCCCCCUGAAGGGCUUCCAGGACCUGCUCAACCUCCGCUUCCUCAUGCUGGGCCAGAACCAGAUCUCCAGUGUCAAAGCAGACAUGUUCACAGGCAUGAGGAACCUCUCAGACUUGGACCUGCCUCUCAACUCUCUGACUGCCCUCCCUUCCAACGCCUUCAAGCCCUUGAUUGCCCUCAAGGUCCUGGACCUGGCCCUCAACCGCAUCCAGAGAAUCUCCACCAAGGGCUUUGUGGGCCUGACGGAGCUGCUGUUCCUCAACCUGGACAACAACAGCCUGAAGAGCAUCCCGGCUGGGGCCUUCAAGCCUCUGGCCUCCCUGGAGAUGCUGGUGCUGGAUAACAACCUGAUGUCCACGCUGACCUCAGCCACUCUGGAGGGCCUGUCCAACCUGCAGGAGCUCUACCUCAGGAACAACGAGCUGGAGAGGCUGCCCCAGGACCUGUUCAGACACACACCCAAGCUCUCCCAGCUGGCCCUCAGUGGGAACAGGCUGAAGACUGUGGACGGAAACAUGUUCACCCAGCUGUCUGGUAAGAGACUGAUACUGUUCAUCAAACUAUUCUAUAUAGCCUUUUUUAUUAUAUUUGUGAAAUAUAUAUGAUGUGUCAUAUGUGUACUUUGUGCGUACCAUAGAGAGUUAAAGGUCCAAUGCAGCCGUUUUUUUUCUCAAUAUCAAAUAAUUUCUGGGUAACAAUAAAGUACCUUACUGGGAUUGUUUUAAAUUAAAAUGGUCAAAAAGAAACAAAAAUAGCUUCUUAGCAAAGGGCAAUUUCUCAAGCAAGAAUUUUGCUAAAACUGUCUGGGAGUGGUCUCAGUGGGGAGGAGAAAACUGAAAAUGAGCUGUUAUUGGCAGAGAGGUUUGGAACUCUCUUUCUUAUUGGUCUAUUAACUAAUUUACCGCAUCGUGAUGCCACCAUGGAAGGCCAAAACUCCAUCCCACCAAAACAGGCUGAAACAGCUCUUACACUAAAAGGGCAAUAUGAUAAUUUUCACAAUUUCACAGUAUUAUUCCAACCUCAUAGUGUGGAAAUAUAUAGGCAACUGCCAAAAUAAAGAAAACACCAACAUAAAGUGUCUUAAUAGGGUGUUGGGCCACCACGAGCCAGAACAGCUUCAAUGCACCUUGGCAUAGAUUGUACAAGUGUCUGGAACUCUAUUAGAGGGAUGCAACACCAUUCUUCCAAGAUAAAUUCCAUAAUUUGGUGUUUUGUUGAUGGUGGUGGAAAAUGCGGUCUCAGGCGCCGCUCCACAAUCUCCCAUCAGUGUUCAAUUGGGUUGAGAUCUGGUGACUGAUUCAGCCAUGGCAUAUGGUUUACAUCGUUUUCAUGCUCAUGCCCUGUGGAUGGGGGAAUUGUCAUCCUAUGGGGGCAUAGCCAUGGUAGCCAAAAUAAUGGCCAGAAUAAUGGCCUGCCCAGCAUUUUUAUACAUGACCCUAACAUGAUGGGAUGUUAAUUGCUUAAUUAACUCAGGAACCACACCUGUGUGGAAGCACCUGCUUUCAAUAUACUUUGUAUCCCUCACUUACUCAAGUGUGUCCAUAAUUUUGUUACCUGUAUAUAAAAUGCAGAAAAAUUACAGUUCUGACUGCACUGGGCCUUUUAGUUACAUUUGGUAAUACAAAGUCUUAUCCAUUUGGAUUAUGCAUCUAAUCUGCAUCUAAUCUGACUGUGAUUCUGCGCUACCUCCUACCAGGCCUGAAGGUGGUGUAUCUCCAUGACAAUCCCUGGACGUGUGACUGCAACAUCAACGGCCUGGUGCGCUGGAUGUCCCAGACCAAGGCCAACCUCUCCCCUUUGGAGUCCCUGAGGUGUGUUUCCCCGGCAGGUUACCGCGACAAAGCCCUCAAUAGCCUCAAAGACCAGAAUCUACGCUGCCGGGCCUAG